GUGAUAACGUUUUAUAUAUAAAAUAUCGUAUUAACCUUUGGUUAUGCAGUGUAGCUUUGGAUCCAGUAGUUCUCUGAGUCUUUUUACCUGACUUGUUGUACUUACAUCAUCAUCUUCAUCAUAAACUGCUGAACAUAGACCUCCUCUGAGGAACAGUUGCCGUACACCAAUUAAAAUGAAAUUCAUUACCUUCACGUUAUUUGAAUACAUACACCUGUUCGUAUGGAAACUACCCGUUUCUGGCAUUACGGUUAUUUAUAGACACAUCAAAGGGUUAUUGCAAGUUAUCUUAUUUUUGAUACGGACUAAUGGCUUUCUGCUCAAGCUCAUUCUAAAAGGAUACCUCUAUGGCUCCAAAGACAUAGACAUACUGCAUCUAAAAGAUCUAAGUUUGAUUCAUCUGUUUGCUCCAAAAUUAAGCUUGAAUCAGGAAGACCAUGCAAGUGCGUUUGAUAAGAUCCAGCACUUGAUUGCUCCAAAAGAGACCUCUGAUGACCACGGAAAAAGUUGGAGUAUUCCUUUGUUUCCUCAUCUAUUUCAUCAGAAGGGACAUAGGUUGUUUGGUUUGAGGAGCAAUGAUGACGAGAAAGAAGAUUAGACUAAGACUAUAUGUGUGGUCUUCAAUAGUAUUAAUACCUAAUAUACGUAAUUAUGUUACGAAUUAAAUGUGACAUCCUCCGAGCCUUUUCCCAACUAUGUUGGGGUCGGAUGUAGCUGAGUACCAAUGCUUUACGAAUUUAAUGUGAACGAAAAGUAUAUGGUGUAACAUGUCUAGAAGAAUGUGUGAUACCGAAAUAAAUCAUCAUCAUCAUCAUCAUCAUCUCAGCCAUAGGACGUCCACUGCUGAACAUAGGACUCCCCUUUAGAUCUCCACAGAUACCUGUUGGAGGCGACCUGCAUCCAGCGUCUUCCGGCGACCUUUAUAAGGUCGUCUGUCCACCUCGUUGGUAGACGUCCUACGCUGCGCUUGCUAGUCCGUGGUCUCCACUCCAGCACUUUUUAUUAUAUUUUACAUAUAAAUAUUUUACUAAAAUAUGAUAACGUAUAUUUUAACUGAAUCCUUGCCCCUUUUCCUCUCCACUGGUCACUAACAUGUAGCAACUGUUAUUAGAAUCUGUUGCGCUCAUCACUAGCUACCACCCGUGGUUUCACCCGAGUCCCGAUGGAACUACUUGCUGUAC